AGACGCGGUGCUUCUGCUGUGUCUGGACUUCAAUACUCAAUUAUAGUUACCUACCUGCAGGAACGAGAUCUGAACAUGGACGAAGAUCUGGAAAGAGCGAUUGCUUUGAGUCUCAAAGAGUCCCAGGCCAACGCAUCAUCUUCGAGGGCCAUUUCAAUCAGUGAUUCAGAGGAUGAUGACGACGAUCGUUUUCAGUCUGAGCUGCUACAGGCAAUACAAGCUUCCAGGACUGAAUCUCCGCGGGCUACAACGCAAUCCAUCCAUAAUCAUGAGCCUCUGCCGACCGAGAGCGCUCGGAGUACCCCAGCAGCAAGCUUUUUGUCCGAACGAGCACAGAUGGAGAGAGAACGCCUCGAGAGGCUAAAGAGGGUGCGUGGGCGGGAUACAGACGAUGGAAGUCGCAUAUCGCCCCCUGCAAAGAGGCAACACAUCCCCUCCUCUGAAAUACAUGCUAAUGGUCAGGCGAACAUUGUUUCUGCUUCAUCAUCUAGUGUUCCUUCGAGCUCGUCAGCAAGUUCGCGAACAGCCAGUACUGCUAUAAAUAAUAUACCGACCUCUGAACAACUGUUCUGGAACGGCGAACUACGCCCAACAGCCAACAAGCAUUCUCAACCCCGUCAAGAUGGAAAGUCCACUUUCCGCCUCACAGAGGUGCUGGGUUUGAAAUCUGAUAUAUCUUUUGCUAUCAUAGCGUCGUACGCGACGUCUGUCUCUUGGAUAUAUGAAUUCUUCACGCCCUCUACUCCAGUGAUUAUCGUGGCACAGCCUGAUCAGUCAGGUCAACCAACCAUCAGGAAUAUUUUUCCAAACUGGGUUAUGACUGUUCCUUUUCUCCGCAAUGGGCGAGGUUGCCAGCAUAUGAAAUUCAUGCUCAUAUUUUACAAGACUGGACGGCUUCGCGUAGUCAUAUCCACCGCCAACCUGAUUGAUCACGAUUGGCGCGAUAUCGAGAAUGCCGUUUGGCUGCAAGAUCUACCGCCGCGAUCUGCUCCGAUCCCACACGAUCCCAAGGCUAUCGAUGACUUCCCUUCAAUCAUGCAAAACGUUUUGCGUGCUGUCAAUGUUCGGCCGGCGCUUGCGAACAUGCUGGCAAACGAUCACCCAAAUCUACCUCUUCAAACUAUCAGUGACUUGCGAUCGAAGUGGGAUUGGUCAAAAGUGAAGGUUAAACUCGUUCCCUCCAUUGCCGGUAAACAUGAAGGAUGGCCGAACAUCGUCUUGACUGGUCACACCAGGUUGAUGAAGGCCGUCCGUGACAUGGGGCUUCGUACCGGAAAGGGAAAGGCUGCUAAGGACCUCGUUGUCGAGUCUCAGGGCUCGAGUAUAGGAAAUUACUCGACCCAAUGGAUAAACGAGUUCUACUGGUCAGCACGUGGAGAAUCAGCUGAAGACUGGCUGGACGAACCAAAAUCCAGACGUACCAAGUUGUCGUGGCCGCCGGUGAAAAUUGUCUUCCCCAGCCUGAAGACUGUGCAUGAUAGCGUCCUUGGUGAACAGGGAGGUGGUACCAUGUUUUGCCGCACAAACCAGUGGGAAGCAUCGAAAUUUCCUCGAGAGCUGUUUCAUGACUCAAAUAGUACUGGCGGACGUGUGCUGAUGCACACAAAGAUGAUUAUUGCGACCUACCGCCCCAAAAAAUCGAUAUUUGAAACGAGCAGUCAGUCAAAGGGAAAAGAAAAGGAAUUGUCUGACAGUGAAACCGAGCCUGAAUCCGAUGACAUCGAAAUUCAAAACGACCCAAUUGGCUGGGCUUAUGUUGGCUCGCAUAAUUUCACACCCUCAGCAUGGGGAACGCUUUCUGGCUCUGGGUUCAACCCAGUGCUCAAUGUGGUCAACUAUGAGCUGGGAAUUAUCUUCCCUCUUUACGAUGCGAAGGACGUGGAGAGGGUGUCGUGCUUCAAGCGUCCGGCGAGGAAGUAUGUGAGUGGACAGGAUAGACCUUGGAUACAGGAGGAGUCGCAGUUACUGCGGCAGAGCCAACAGACAUGAUCCUGUGUAUGGCCGAUAUCAUUGUUACCAGGAAACCUUUUGCUGUUGAAUACCAUUCUAAUCCCAGAUCAGUCUCUCACAGUCAGAUCAAGGCGGUCUUUCCAAAGUAUCCGACUUAUGAAAGUGAAUGAUGGAUUGGCCAUCGUACAUGAUCCGACACCUGGAACAUCACAGCAACGGAUGACCCAGAUACCACUUAUUGGAUAACCCAACCAUACAGGACGCCUCGGAAAUUUGGGCAGUUACAUGCAGCCAUGACAUGCAUGCUCUAUACCGACGUUGUUUCAAUUGCUGAUUCUUGGAAAAGAGAAUGGAUCAUUCCGCUGAGAUGACAAGAUGCACAUAGUGUCUUUUGUGCAUGUUCCUUAUGAAAUUUGAGACUCCCACAA